CCCAGCUUCCGAAAUGUUACUCCCAAAGCCGAUCAUCGUAAGGAGGUAGCCGUAUCUCCAUCAUGCCAUGGAAACCCCCUUGCAUAGUCCCUUAGCGGAGUAACUCUAUAUAAGCAGGAUAAUGGAUGUUACUUGCUGCGUUGGCGUUCGCACGAGUCUAGAAUAUCAAAAUCGCACGGCCGUACGCUAUGGUUGCCACAUUGGUAGAUGGCGACAGCGGGGAGAAUGGUAGAGUCAACCCCACAGCUCGAGGGCUGCAUAUCAUCAUUGCUGGUGCAGGAAUCGGUGGACUGGCUGCAGCCAUUGCUUUACGACAACAGGGACAUCAUGUCAAGGUGUACGAGCAGUCUCGCUUCGCCAACGAGAUCGGAGCUGCUAUUCACGUAACCCCAAAUGCAAUGGGCGUUCUGAGGCAUAUUGGAAUUGACCCUAGAGACAGUGGUGCAGUCCCGUUGGUCCAGACUGUAUUCCUCUCGGCCAAUAACGAGGUAUUGCGCAUCAAAGACAACGCCGCGGAAGCAGGUCGUUGGCAGAAUCCAUGGCUUCAAGCACAUCGUGCACAUUAUCAUGCCCAACUCCGGAGGGCAGCAGUUUCGGAGGAAGGGAAAGGCGUGCCAGUAAAAAUUUACACGUCUUCUCACGUUGUUUCCGCCGAUAUCCAUACUGCUACUAUUACUCUAGCAGAUGGAUCCUCAUAUUCAGCUGAUGUCGUAAUAGGAGCUGACGGUGUCCAUUCCAAGGUUCGGGCGAGUAUUGUUAGUCCUCCUCCGGCAAGUUUCAAGACAAGCUCCAGUGCCUUUCGGUUCAUCAUUGAGCGGAAGGUUGUCCUCGAAGAUCCCGAGUUGAGACCGCUCAUUGAACCGAAUGGCCACAUGCUAAUGUGGUAUUCGUCUGACCGGAAAAUCGUGGUAUACCCGACUACUUACCACACGCUUUUGAAUUUCGUUUGCAUCCACCCCGCACACCUGUCAGAGACGACGGGAAGUUAUGAUAACGCAGCCUCAAAAUCGGCAAUGUUAGAUGUAUACAAGGAUUUCCAUCCGCAUGUAUUAGCUCUGCUCAACAAGGCCGAUCCGGGAGAGAUCAAGGUGUAUCCCUUCUUUGAUAUGGACAAACUUCCAACAUUUGCGGCUGAGCGACUCGCGUUGAUUGGAGACGCCGCUCAUCCUUUCACUCCCCAUCUGGCUCAGGGUGGCGCAAUGGCAAUCGAAGAUGCAGUUUCACUAGCUAUCAUGCUUGACGGGAGUGUCACACCGAAGGAAGUUCCGGAACGCCUCCAAUUAUAUAAUCAAGCACGCUACGAGCGUGCCUCGACGAUUCAAGAGUUCAGUCGGCAAGUUGGAGAGGACAGUAUAAAGCAAUCGGGCACUGGAGAGCAAAGUGUGGCAUCGUUCAAAGUGCAUGAGUACAUUGAUUACGGUCUUAGUCAUGACGAAGUGCACGCAUCGACACAGCUGCUCAGGGACCAUGUCUGGACGACUCGCGCAGCGAAGCAGGGAAGACGGCAGCCGACGGUGUUUGGGCCUGCAUUUGCGCCUGGACAAGAUUCUAUUUUGUCCGCGAAGUCUUUGCUUCAGCCCACAAGAACCAGUGUUACUAUUCUCUUCAAGACGAGUGCGACACUGCUUCGCAACCUCUUUCCCAAUGGACGCUACUAUUUUGACAAAAUGGACACGAUUGCAUAUGCUUCAUUCUCUCUGGAUUCGAGACGCAAUCUGACCUGGCUCGGAGGACACGGAUACGACUCGCUAGGACUCUAUGUCUACGGCGUCUGCUACAAGACUGCAGAUGACCAGGUGAUAAAAGGAACGUUCUGCCCGAUUUUAUUCGAGAAUCUUGCCGAUACCAUCACCACUGGGCGUGAGGAGCUCGGAUUGCCAACGAUGUUCUCAGACAUCCAGGUAACGAGAGACUCGACAUCUUAUCUAGCAAAGGUCUCAUGGAAGGGCGCUCAGUGGGCUGCGCUUGAGCUUACAGGGCUACAGGCCUCUGCUAAAGACCCAGCUGAGGUCGAUGGAGGCCAAGGCCUACUCGUGCACAAGUAUCUUCCGUCUACGGAGGUUGGAAAACCGGAUGCCCAAUAUGAUAUCCUCUAUGCUCCUGAGACGGACAUGGCUACAGUGUCUCUACAGUCAGCAGAUGUGAGCAGCACUCGAUUCGGGAUCCAUGAUAUAGGCCAGAAAGCGUUGCCGACUCUUCACCAGGUUGUCAGUCGCCUUGCAGAGAUUCCAGUCUUUGAGGUAGUCGGAGCAUCUGUGAAGGAAUACCGAGGGCUAUCGGAAGAUUCAAAGAUACAGCGACUUUCAUAGUGCAACCUACGGCAGACUGGCAACAAACAAGUUGCUGAC